AUGGGAAGCGAAGACACCGCAAAAGCACAAAUUCGUUCCAUUCUUAGUCCCACUAAGGAUGCAGAGUUCCUCCAAAGCUUCGUACGUGUUGGUGUUGGUGACGAUGACGAAGAAGUGCCAGUUCCUAAAGCCUCCAUCAGCAAACGAGCGCCAGCUUCGGCCGAGAAGAGCGAGUCUGUCGAUGAAGAAAAACAGUCGUUAAAAGAAAGAAAAGAGUCAAUCAAACCCAAGAAGCGAAACUUUCGACGGAAGCCGAAAAGCGAGCGGCGACGUCGUGAAGAAGAACUCUACACGGAUAAGGAUCGUGCUGCGGCUGUUGUAAUGGGAUACAAGGAUAUAAAACUGUCUCUGAACAUGAAGGACAAGGCUGACAGAAGCAGCGCUCUCCAUAUACCUGAGGAAGCAGAUGCCGGUACUCUUUUGGGUUUAGCCCGCGCGGAGAUGACCAGGGAACGGUAUCGCACUGCUCUAUCGUUUGCUAAUAAGGCGAUAGAGCUCGCUCCAGAAGAAAAAGCAGCUUAUGUAGCGCGCAGCAAGUGCUACUUGCUCCUGGGGGAACCACAGUCAGCAUUAACUGACGCGGAGACGGCUCUAAAGCUGGACCCAAAACACGCGAAGGCUUUACUGCAGAAGGCCGAGGCACUGUACUACUGCGGCGAGUUUGAGAUGAGCCUCGUGCAUUACCAUCGUGGUCUAAGAUCAAGGCCAGACUUGAGCGACUUUAGACUUGGGGUGCAAAAGGCACAGGAGGCAAUUGAGAACACUAUAGGGGCAGUAAAGACUGUCAAAAAGGCAAAGAAACGCGUCAGCCCUAAAUCGUCGAGGCCAGCAUUGGGACAACUGAUGUCGGAUAAGAUCUACCUCGAGAAUCUUCUUAAGAACCCAGACCUUGCUAUUGCAGAUAAAAAGAACGACGUUGUGAUGAAACAGGCCGAAGAAGCUAUAAGAUUCUUGGAAAAUAGAGAAGAAUUCUGGAGACAGCAGCAAACAGCAAAAAAACAUUAA